GAACUGUGAUGGCCGCAAUGCUUAGCUAUUUCUGAUCCCCAAGACGCCUUUGGUUGAAUGUUCACACCUGAUCCACCAUCUACACUUCCUACAUUCACUCCCGGAAAUUGAAACAGGAAAACAGGAAUUGUAACCUCCCGGUCUGCUGUAGUCAGCCUCACGGUGUGCCUGACUGGCGAGUCUGCCGUCUCCACGGCUUUCCCUUUUGCGGGCUGCUCCUCAAGCCUUCGAGUGCCGAUCUUCGCUUGGGCCGGCUCCGAGGCUCUACCCUGGCUUUUCAUUGGUUCCUCCCAGGGGCCCUUUAUCGUAUCGCGCGCGCAUCUUCAAGCAAUCGGGGGGCCGAGUACAUAGACGAGGCGGUCCCGGGAAUGAAAGCCCAUUCCCUCGUGCUCUGGAACUCCUUUUCUUCGGUUAAACAAAAAAGGUUCAAUCUUGUGAAACCGUAGCGUAGGCGAAACCUGGCAGCCCGCCCUGGCCCAGAGGUUUACCUUCUCCGGCCCUAGGAGGAAACCCCACUUUCCUUCCCCCAGCAGGCAACAACACAGGGAGAAAGACGAUCAGGAUCUCACGUGUGGCAGAUGUUGGAACAAACUCCGAAUCCAAGAGGUACCCACCUAGAAAGGAAACUCACCACUCACACUGGUAAAAGAGAAGAGAGAAAGGACCAAUUGAAGGCCCCGGGGCCGAAAUGCGGUAGAGUCUUCAAGCCCCAUGCUCUCUUCUCGAGAUUCAUGGGCCGUCUCGCUUUGAUCUUCUCUCCUUGGCCAUCGGGAGAAUAUAGCGAUCGAAGAGCUAUCGCUCAGCAGCUUCGCGUAUUACGAAAGCCGUAUUGCCCGAAGGGGGCAUGCUGCAAGAGCGUAGGUGAGUGGUAAGCGUUGGAGGCGUGCCCGAAGGGCAGCGGCAGCAGUGUGGUUCCAGGUGCCGUCGCUAGAUUGAGAUCAGCAGGGUGGCGGGGACUUCGCCUGCCUUAUAUCGGGUGAAGAGAAGGGGGGGUAGGCUUAGUAGGGCUCGAACCUACAAUAUAACCGUUAUGAGCGG